GCCGCAGUCAAAUAUCCUACACGAUACGAAAUAUCCCCUGCACCUUUGACCCCUUGUGUUAUUGCAGACUCUGGUAGUGUGCAAGUCAUCUAAACCUAAUACCCUGCCAUUGUUAUAUCCUCAACCCUCGCAGCCACAGCCAUGGUUGAAUAUGUGCCCCCGCCACAAGAUCUCUCCCAGCUGAACGCCGUCCAGAAGUACAUGCAGAAGGGUCAUCUGGACAGGGAAGACUACAUUUGGCUGUUCAUCAUUGUUCUCGCAUAUUUCACAGCAAGGCCAUAUAUACAGAAGUUCUUCAAAUGGUGGAUGGGCAGUGAAGACCAGAAAGAGGGCGAGGAGGUCAUGACCGAAUACUUCCAGUCCAAGGCCAAGGUCGGGCCGAACGCUAUUCGAGGAACAGAAUCUGAAGAGCCAAGCCUGAUCCCAGAGAACGCUGGCGAUGCCAACGCCUCAGGCAGCAAUAUAGACCAGAAGGGUGGCGUGGUAAACAGGAAGGCCAAAGGGAAAUCUGGAGAAGAACAACUGUUAGAUUGGGACGAUGAACCAGCCAGACAGCCUACAGCAGGAGACAAGAACGAUGUCGUUGCAUGGAUGGAUAAGUGGACGAAUGACACAGAAUAGUAUUCGACUCCUCAUGGGAUGUUCUCACAUUUCUGAGGGCACAACAAUCUGACCACCUUCAUCGUCACCUAUUCGAUGCAACAAUGUCGAGGAUUGGGAGAAGACGCAUCUCUAUGCAGUACAUACGGUUGGAAGCUCUACAACGGCUGGCUGCAAUAGCUUCAUGCUUCUGCUAACGGCAUCGACAAGUGUUCAUAUCCUACUCACCAUGCCACUUGCUGACGAUGAAUUAUCAAAGAGACCAAAUACCAGCAACCAAAUAUGGUAAACAGCGCUACGAAGAUGCUUUACGGAGGAUGAAACCUUGUAAAAACAGUACUGAAGGCAUUGAUACAGUAUGCUCGAAUAUGAGCACGAAACCAAGCGUCUGCUUAAUAUGGCAUUGCGCUGAAGAACGCAUACACUCCGUACGAGUACCAGCCAAGUGGUUGGUGGAGAGAACACUGUACAGGGAACGGGACUACACCUUAUCAACAAAUGAACAAGUAUGAUAGACCACGUAUUAUUAUUAUCCCAGA